AUGUUGUCUGCCACGUCCGGGGCGGUGCGCAUCGGCGCCCGUCGCCUCGCGCCGCGCGCCACCUCGAUUGUUGCCGCCGCGCCGUCCUCAUCCUCGCGCGGCGUCGUCCCCGCCGGCCAGGCCCGCCGCGCCCUCUCCUCGACAGCCCGGCUCGCCUACGCGCUCAACACGAACCCGAACCCGCCGCUGGGCAAGAAGAAUGCCUCCAACGAGGCCCCGACGCGCAUCGGCCUCAUCGGCGCCCGCGGCUACACCGGCCAGGCCCUGAUUGACCUGCUCAACAACCACCCCAACAUGGAUCUGCGGCACGUCUCGUCGCGCGAGCUCAGCGGCCAGGACCUCAAGGGCUACACCAAGCGCAAGGUCGUCUACGAGAACCUCUCGCCAGAGGACGUCGUCCGCCUGGACAAGAACGGCCAGGUCGACUGCUGGAUCAUGGCCCUCCCCAACGGCGUCUGCAAGCCGUAUAUCGAGGCGCUGGGCCAGACCCCCAGCGUCAUCGUGGACAUUUCGGCCGACUACCGAUUUGAUAACGCGUGGGCGUAUGGCCUUCCUGAGCUGCUGGCACGGCCCAAGAUUGCCCAGUCGACGCGCAUCAGCACACCUGGGUGCUACUCCACGGCCGCCUUGCUGGCUCUCAACCCCAUCCUGGAGCAUCUGGGUGACUCGCCCAGCAUUUUUGGUGUAUCGGGCUACAGCGGAGCUGGCACCAAGCCCUCUCCGAAGAACGACCUUGCCCUGCUCCAUGAUAACCUUCUGCCUUACAGUCUAAUUGGUCACAUGCACGAGCGGGAAAUCAACCACCAGCUUGGUAUUUCGGCCGCUUUUAUUCCCCAUUGCGCCUCGUGGUUCCGUGGCAUUCAUCUGACCAUCAAUGUCCCCUUGAAUAAGACAAUGACCUCUCGCGAUAUCCGCCAAAUCUUCCAAGACCGGUAUGCGGGCGAGAAGCUUGUCAAAGUUGUCGGCGAAGCGCCGCUUGUCAGGGCCAUCCAAAACAAGCACGGUGUUGAGAUUGGUGGUUUCGCUGUUGAUAGCACUGGCCAGCGCGUCGUCGUUUGUGCCACCAUUGACAACCUCAACAAGGGUGCUGCUACCCAGUGCUUGCAGAACAUGAAUCUCGCGCUCGGAUACGAUGAAUACCAGGGAGUUCCUCUGGAGAAACUCAGUUAG